AUGUCAACACUUGUCCUCCUAUAUUUUCUCCAUCUGAGUAUAGCCGCUGCGGGCAAUGGCUUCACGUAUCCGCCUACCUCUGGUGAUACAGGCGAAUAUGUCUCCAAUUUAGCCUUCACUGUUGGCCAAAAAAUAUCAUUGAAAUGGACACUAGAGUCUGACAACCCUGUCGACUUCUGGCUGCUCCAGGAUACUUCGGGUGAUGGAAACGGCUGCCCCCUGAGUUAUAGUAGGCUAUGUCACAGAAUUACACAAAAUGCCCCAAACAAUGGCUCGUUCCCUUGGGUAGUCAACCGAAUGGAUAUGACGACGUCGGAUAUCUACUACAUUGCCGCAUUCUAUAGCACUACGCAGGGAUUCAACACACAUUAUUUCAAUAUCACCGACCCUUCAUCUCGCAAUACUAUCUCUACAACAAGCUCGCCAUCAAGUGCAACUUCAUCCUCGUCGGCGUCAGACGCAAAUACGGUGGCCACGGCACCUUCGCAUUCCGGAUCCAGUUCCUCCACCGCCGUUGGGGCGAUCGCGGGCGGAGUGGUCGGUGGCGUGGUGGGGAUUAGCAUCAUUGUUGUUCUUGCCUUCAUGUUAUAUAAGGCGAAGAGGAAAACCCGGUCGCCUGGCUUCCCCCAGAAUGGUCUGGUGGAAGAGCCAGCGCCUCAGGAUCAGUCUUCAGAAGACAGUGGGAUGCCUGGGUUCUAUGUUUUGAAACCAGAGAUGGACGGUACUUCGCGUUCAUAUGAGUUACCUUCGUGA